AUGCCGGGGAGAGAUCUCAUGGCCUGGACGACGAUCGUGGCUGGAAGCAGCGAAUUCGCGGCCGCCCAGAUCGCAUUCUCCAAGAUGCCGCAGUGGAGCGUCGUGUCGCUGACAGCGCUCCUGGAUCAUCACGACGACCAUCGUUCCACUGGAAACCUCUCGCUGGAUCUCUUCGAUCUCUUUGAUCGAAUGCCCGAGAGGAAUGUGGUGUCCUGGACGGCAAUGCUGGGAUCGCUAGCGAGGAGGAUGGAUCUCCUCGCGGCCAAGCGCGUCUUCGAUCGAAUGCCACAGCACACGAUCGUGUCCUGGAACGCGAUCAUGGCGGCCUUCGCGCUCUCCAGCAGCGCCAUGACCGCGAUCGUGAGCUUCCAGCGAUUGAUCCUGGAUGGAUUGCCGGUGAAUUCCAUCACCUUCCUCGUCCUCCUCACGGCUUGCAGCCACUUGGGUCUCGUGGAUCAGAGCCGCGACUACCUCGUCGCCAUGGCUAUGGAUUUUGGAGUCCCUCUAAGCGUGGAUCACUACUCUUGCAUGGUGGAUGUUCUUGGGCGAUCCGGGCAGCUCCAGCUCGCGACGAGCUUGCUUGCGACGAUGCCCAUGGUGCCGGACUACGUUGCCUGGUGUAGUGUUGUGAGCGCUUCCAAGAAUCUACACGAUGUGGAGAGUGGAGUUUUCGCGGCGAGAUCCGGGCUUGAGUUGCGAGCUCGCGAUCCGGGCUUGAAUCUACUGCUUUCGAACAUCUACUUUGGUGGUCUCCAGAGAAUUUCUCCAGAUCUUUCGUGA